AUGGAGUCUAGAAGAAAAUCAACUGUUCAUGUCAGCAGUGCAAAGAGAGAGAAAUCAAGUGACUUGUCUGCUCAUAUCGAAUUAGAACGUUUAGAACAGGAAACCACCUUGGUUCUACAAGAGAUCGACAGGAACCUCUCCCAAGCAAAUGCUGUUAUAUCUGAUAAAAUCCUUCCUGUGUUGACAAGGUACCAUUCAGCACUGAGCAAUGUGUGGAAUAAUGUAUCGUUUUGGAAGCGGUUCGUUGAGGAAGCAUCGGAAACCAAAGUGUGUCCAGAGGAGUCUAACGUUGAGGGAGACACUGGUUAUGGUGGAGGUCAGACGGGUAAACUUCAACUUUCAGAGAGUGCCACGGAUAAACAGAAUGUUUUGAAUGACCUAGAACAUCAGCAAGAUUCAACAUUGACCUCUGAUUUCCAGAUGGAAGCGUCUACUCCACAACUUAAGUCAAGGCACCUGCUUCAACCAAGCACAUCCCCUCAGAAAUCUGCUACUAGAAAUUAUGGUAGGGUGCUGAUAUCACCAAGGAAACGUGGGUCCGGCAAAUUCGAUAAUAAUGACCCUAGAAGGCUGUCGAUGCUUCAAAAUUUCCUUAAUUCCUCCCCCACACUCCCUGAACCUCCUAAACUUACGAGCGAAGUCAAUUACAAUCCUGUUUCUAGCUCAAGUGCCAAAGCUGGUCAUUCUGACCCUGACCAUAAUGCUGCUGCCAUCAAACUCUCCUCCGUCCUUAUGCUGCCUGCAGAAGUGACCCCUAAAGGUCGCCAAAGGUUUCCUCGUACACCAACAUUUGGCUCGGAAUCUAAGCGUCAAGGACAAUCCCCAUUGAAGAAUAUUCCGCUUUUGCAAAGAAGCAAUGAGGAUCUGGAUCAGGUCUUGCCCGUACCGAGGUUGUCUUCACUCAAUCGUGGGGAUGACAGCGACCAGGUGCCCCUUCCGCAGCUACAAACAAUACUGGUGGGUGCUUCAAAAGAUACGACGCCUCGUGCAAGUGGGGAAGGUUCGUCCAAACGUAGAAGAACCGAGGGGGACGAAUCAGAAAAUGUCUUUCUUGAUGCCAAUUAUAAGGAUGAUACCAACAACAACAGCAGGAGUCAUUCCAUUGUUUACAACACAAUUAAGGGGCAGAAUGAGCAGCCGACUAAUGAAGAUAAGGAAGAACACAAUGAAAGUGGUGAGCAGAAGUCUAAAUCAGUAUCCCAAAUAUUUGAGGAUGUUUUGCAGCCUUCGCCAAGGCGGCAACAAGAAGAGAAUGUGAAUGAGCCCGAACCCCAGGCUCCUAAUACGGCUAAUCUCACGCAUAAUCUACUGAAGAGUUUGGAUCAAACAUACGAUAGUACAGUGAACAGCUCCGAACUUGGAGCAGAGCUUGUUGAACGUUGGAAGGCGCUUAGUCGUACUCUUCGGAAAUCAAACUAA